AUGGCUACAAUCAUUGGAGGAGGUCCCCGAAAGCCACCACGAAUUAUGAGAAGAAAUGUAAUGUUCAAACAUGUUAAAAAAGAUUUACGGGAUGAUGAGGGAGAAAAAUUAAAACGAGAAGGGUUUCAAGUGAAGUCCGGAGUGUUAACAGUGAACUAUAAUCAUCCGUCGAUGUUCAAACCAAAAAUUUUACCGGGCCUGGCAAAUGAUGUAGAAUCAUACCCCUGUCGAUUUUGUGAAGAUAAACUUUUUUUGACAUCUAUAGGGCUCGAAAAACAUGGAAGAGAAUUUCAUCCGCAAAAUAUGGACGACAUUCAAGAUGAUAUCAAUACGAUUUCAGGAGAAUGGAAGAAAAGAGAGUUUGAAAGAGCAAGAUCUCGUGAUCACCGAACAAUGGACAGGCUGAGACAUGAAGCACGAGCUCACCAGCAAAUGAAAGCUGCAUUAGGCAGAGACGGUCCACCACCUGUAACAGGAGAACAAUAUGAAGCGUGCGUAAUAUGUAAUAUGCUUGUAAAUAUAGCUCACCCAACUGCAAUGGAAUCUCAUCAAAGAGCCCACAAGAAAAAUGAUGAGCUUAGGUUACAGCUGAUUGAUCAAUAUGGAGGAGAGGCCGUUCAAAGAUUAACUUGCGACUCAUGUUCUUUGGUUUUCCCAGACAGUGAUAAACUUAAAGCUCAUGUGGCAUCUCAUCAUGCUCGACGAAAAAAAUACAUUUGCAAAUUUUGUGGACACAUUUCGCAAAGUAUGUCUGAGUUGAAUCUUCAUAAAAGCGACGUUCACAAUUAUAGUCCCUGGGCACAAUUACCGGAUUACCUUAAAUACCGACGAACGUUUUAUCAGUAUGAUGAAGAGCAAAAACGUGUAAGACCAAGAACUGAAAUGAAUGAUGAGCCACCAGUACGGCAACCGAUUAUGGGAGAAAUUUCGGAAGGAGACAUGGCCGGACGAGUUACAUGUCCGGAUUGUGGAUUGAAGUUAGAACGACCGCGGCUUUUAUUCAAACAUAUGGAGCGAGUUCAUUCAAAAGUAUCAUUCUGUUGUAUGGGUGAGACUGGAGGUCUUCCGACAUUUGAAAUUGAAGUAUCGAACGGUGAAGUGUUCUGGACAUGUUGCGAUACAAAAUUUAAUAACCGCCCCGAUUUUAUUGAGCAUCGGCGACUUCAUAUUCCAACCCAACACGAGGAGGUUAUAAUAGAGAAUUCCAUUGAUCCUAAUAUGCCUUCAACUUCACAGUCAAUGAUUCAAGAGGAUUCUCAUGAAGAUGGAGAAGCUCAGGACUUUGAUCAUGAUCCAAACUACGAUGGAAUGGCGAUGGUUCUGCCGGGAGAGUAUGAUUUCGAAGACAUGGUCUACAUUCAAAACGGAAGGAAGUUCCAAUAUAUUCACAUCCAAAACCCAGAUGGAACUAUUGACCCUCAACAUGUUGUUCGACAUUAUAUCGAUGGUCACGAUGAUCAAGAAGAUGAAGGGCCGAUGCUAGUAGAAGAUGGAGAUAUGAUAAUAGGAGAAGUCGAUGAAACGGGUGUUGAAGUUAACGGAUAUGGGCACUUUCAAAUGGAUUUGGGUGGUGAAUGGUCUGAUAUGGAUAAUAUGCAAAUGAUGCUUGUUAAUGAAGAUGAAGUGAUUGAUGGAGAACGGGUGGAGGAUCUGGAUAAUCAUCACAUCGAUCACCAUCAAUUAAUAGAAAAUGCCGAGGAAGUGGAAGAAGAAGUUGUUGAAAUUAAUGGACAACCUCUAUUUGAUUGA